AUGGCAGCUCAAGAAGAAUUCAUCAGAACGCAAAUCUUCGGCACGGUUUUCGAAAUUACCAACCGGUAUAAUGACCUGAACCCGGUGGGUAUGGGUGCAUUUGGUCUCGUGUGCUCUGCUACGGACACUUACACCAGUCAGCCGGUUGCCAUCAAAAAAAUCAUGAAGCCGUUUUCGACUGCAGUUCUGGCUAAAAGAACGUACCGUGAGCUGAAAUUACUCAAGCAUCUCAGACACGAAAAUCUCAUUUGUCUGGAAGACAUCUUUUUAUCACCUUUGGAAGAUAUUUAUUUCGUCACUGAAUUACAAGGCACAGAUUUACACAGACUUUUGCAAACUCGUCCAUUGGAGAAGCAAUUUGUGCAAUACUUUCUAUACCAGAUCCUAAGAGGUCUCAAAUAUGUGCAUUCAGCUGGCGUUAUCCAUAGAGAUUUGAAACCCAGUAACAUUUUGAUAAACGAAAACUGUGACCUAAAGAUCUGUGAUUUUGGUUUGGCUAGAAUCCAGGACCCACAAAUGACUGGGUAUGUGUCUACCCGGUACUAUCGUGCCCCAGAAAUCAUGCUAACGUGGCAAAAAUAUAACGUGGAAGUCGACAUCUGGUCUGCCGGUUGUAUUUUCGCAGAGAUGAUAGAAGGAAAACCGCUUUUCCCCGGUAAGGAUCAUGUACACCAAUUUUCCAUCAUAACCGAUCUAUUGGGGUCACCUCCAGAAGACGUCAUAAACACCAUUUGUUCUGUUAACACCCUCAAAUUUGUUACCUCUUUGCCACACAGAGAUCCCGUUUCCUUCUCAGAUCGUUUCAAAAAUGUUGAACCGGAUGCCGUUGACUUAUUGGAGAAAAUGCUAGUCUUUGAUCCUAACAAGAGAAUAACAGCAGCCGAUGCUCUAACACACCCAUACUUGGCGCCUUAUCAUGAUCCAUCAGACGAACCAGAAGCCGAAGCGAUCUUUGACUGGCAUUUCAAUGACGCGGACCUACCUGUGGAUACCUGGAGGGUGAUGAUGUACUCUGAAAUAUUAGAUUUCCAUCAAAUUGGUGACAACCAAAUAGAUCCAAACGCUACUUUUGACGAUCAAGUUGCUGCCGCCACAGCCGCAGCACAGGCAGCGCAAGCGGCGCAACAUCAGCCGGAUUUAUCACAAUCACACACUGAUGGCCCUUCAGAUGUACCACAAAAGUCUACACAGCGUUCAUCCGACAGCCAUCAUCAGGAGAUUGCUGACACGCGCCAAAGCGAGACCUUGAACUCAUAUGGUAAUCAAGCAGCUCAAUACGCAUCUGAAUUUCAGUAG